AUGACGCGAGUGGAACGAGCUGUUCAGGCAGCAGCAGCUGUAGCGAACAAAAGAAAACGACAGGCUGAUCGCAAAAAACGGUUGUCACUACUUCAAAGAUAUGUUGAACAGACGUACUACUACGAAGGCUACUUUGGUCGUCAUGCUGAUCUGAAUAUCUGUGUAACACAUGCGAUGCGUCAAGAUAUGCGAGAUGCCUGGGACGUUAGUGCAGCAACUGUUUAUGACAAGCCUCCUUCAUGGAAUUUUCGGAAGCUGAAUGACGAAGAACGACAUAACUUUUACGUGAAAUUGGCUCGAUAUAGUGAAGAAUUUAAGACCUUCAGAACGGACUGCAGUGCAUCAAGUGCAAAUGGAGAAUUUGCUGAUGGUGAAGAGAAGCUUUUGGAAACGCGGUUUUCAUAUCGUGACAACGAUGAAAAAGUGCAUUUGCGCAAUGAUCGCCCCUUAAUUCUUAUUUCCUCGACGAGUUGGACAGAAGAUGAGGAUUUUGGACUUCUGCUUGAUGCUCUUCGUCUUGAUUUACCCAUGAAAGUGGUCGACAUGUUUGGCUGCGCUCUUCCUGUAAUUGUGAAACGAUUUGCAUGCAUCGGUGAGCUCGUCUCGGAUGGCUAUAACGGUCGACUGUUUGACACAGCUCAUGAACUCUCUCAUAUCAUCAAAACCUUCGCUUGCGGCUUCCCUCUUUACUCUACUGUUUCAUUGCAGCAGCUGAACACACUGGCAUCGAAUAUUCAAGCAGAUCCUUUGAUUUCCUGGAGCAAAAAUUGGGAUGCCUGCAUGUGGCCAUUGGUGCGUAACUACGGAGCUCUUUCGGCAGAAGAUUUAGCCCGACGACAGAGGUAA